CAUAGCAUCAUUCCUCAGCUCUCUGUUGAAGAAUCUCAUCAUCACCGGAUAUGGCUUUUGCUGCUGUAACCAUUUUAAUGGAUACACUCCACCAACACUUUCUCCAACCCACACCUCGUUUCCCACUUCGCAACAAAACUAAGGUCAAAUCUCUUUACAAAAAUUUUUCUUCUUUGCAAACCUCUCUUCAACAAGAUUUGAAGGCGGGCGAAAACGAUGAAGCAAUCCAAGGUUUGGAAGCACAACUGAGAGAUGUCUCCGUCGAAAUAAGGUUCCAAAUAGAACACCAAUUGAGAUUGUUUUACCUGGGGAAAGCUAUGAAGGUUAGGCUUCACUCUGCUCAAAAGCUUCUUCCCCUCUUGAAUCUAGCAAUUAAAGACAUAAAAGCUAUGGAUUUUGGUUCUAUCUUGAGCAUCCUUCGCCUCCUGCCGGAGCACUUCAUGCUGCCAGUAUCACGCAUGCCGGCUCACAUGAAGAAAAGGAUCAAAUCAUUUUACAAACAGCACCCUUUUCUCUUUUAUAACAACUACAGAAAUGAUGAAUGGGAGAGCAAGGAUAUACAAAGACUGUGGUUUUAUACUUUUUAUAAGGCAGAAAGCCUAAUCUCACAAGAACUCAGAGCCGCUUAUCUCCAAAAAUACAUGAAGCAACGCAUAGGGGCUAGACAAAGGAUUCGUCAAAUCUUCACUCUAGGAAUUAAGCUUACAUCUUACCUCAAGAAAGAGCUGUUGUUGAAUAUUAAGAAUACAUUCGACCAAUCCAAAACCUCAAAAAUCAAGAAUACUGUUUCUCUUAGAGGAUUGGAUCAUCCAGUUGGUGAUUCGUUGCAGCAUACUUCAAAGUCUACAAUCGGAAUGGUGGGCUGCGAUGAUGAGUUCAACACCAUAAUGGACAAGUUGAACCACCAAUCCAUGAAACGAGAAAUUGUCUCGAUUGUGGGAAUGGGCGGCAUUGGCAAAACCACAUUGGCUAGAAGAAUUUAUGGAGAUGCCUCAUUCAUUUCUCGCUUUGAUUGUCGAGCUUGGGUUACUAUUUCACAGGAGUAUAAUCCAAGGCAAGUGUUUCGAGGCCUUCUUCGUUCUCUUGCCCCAGGGGGUGAUGAAAACAAUGAAGCUAGCAACAAUGAAUUGGCUGAGCGAGUAUACAAAUGUCUCAAAGGUCAAAGGUACUUGAUUGUAAUAGAUGAUAUAUGGAGUAGAGAUGCUUGGGAUGAUUUAAUGAGAUGUUUUCAAGAUGACAACAAUGGAAGUCGAAUUUUGUUGACCACUCGACUAAAUUAUAUGGCUGAUUAUGUUGGUUCAGGUACCAAUUUUUCUCAUACCAUGCGCUUUUUGGAUUUAUAUGAAAGUUGGAACCUUUUUUGGAACAAGGUGUUGUCGGAGAGAAUAAUCUUCACUCUUGAAUUUGAAAUAAUUGCAAGAGAGAUAGUAGAGAAAUGCAAAGGAUUACCUCUUGCAAUUAUAGUGGUUGCUGGGAUCCUCUCAAACUCCAAGCAAAACUUCAAUGAAUGGGAGCAUAUUGCAAAAAAUGUUCAUUCAUUAAGUUUAGAUCAUUCAAAUCAGCUGUGUGAGAGCAUCAUUCAGUUAAGUUACACCUUCUUACCCCGCCAUCUUAAACAUUGUUUUUUGUCAUUUGGGUGUUUUCCAGAAGACUAUACAAUUGAUGAAGGUAUGAUUGUUGAUGUUUGGAUUUCAGAGGGAUUUCUCAAGGUUGUGAGCUCUAAGAGCUUGGAAGAUGUGGCAAGGGAGUGCUUACAAGAUCUUGUUGACAGAAAUCUUGUUUUAUGUGGAGAGAGGGAUGGUAAAUUAUCUAAAGUAUAUCUAAUGCAUGAUGUCUUGCGUGAAUUGGCUUUGAGAGAAGCCCGAAAGGAGAACCUAUCAUGUUUCAAUGAGGAUUUUGACUUAAGUUUGGGGUUUAGGAGAAGUCAACCAAUAAACUCUUCUCCGAUAUCUCAAUGGUGGAGUAGCUUAUCAAGAAUGUGGAGUUACAACUGCUCAACUCAUACUAGCAGCACCUUUUCAUCUACUGUUGUAAGUUUGUACCACAAGAGUAGACCGGUGCAUACACAUCUUAAGUUUUUAAGGGCAUUAUCAGCACCUAAGAUUGUAGAUGUCCAUGCUAGUAGUUUUAUGGAGAUUAUGGGUCUAGUGCAUUUGAGAUGGUUAAAAAUUACUAGUGAUUUGAAGUUUCACUCUCUCCCUUUUUUUAUGUUGUGGAAUUUGCAGAAGGUAGAAGUUGGUACUUAUUCAUCCUAUGAAUCCCUCUAUAUUUGGGGAUUACCUCAACUAAGACAUCUCUACAUAAAAAAGGGCAUCACACUAGAUCCUCCAAGGGCAGUUCAUCAUAAUUUGGAGAGCAUUAGAUUUUUGGAUUAUAAGAGUUGUACAGAGGAGCUGUUCAUGAGAACCCCAAACCUAAGGACAUUGGGAGUUAGUAUUGAUCAAAGAACUUCUUUGAGAUGCAAAGCUCACAAUGGGUUUGAAAGCCUUGUCUAUUUAUAUAAAUUGGAAGAACUGGUGGCUCGCGACAUACCUCUUCAUUGGAAGUUUAAAACUAUUUGUUCCAAGGGAAUAUUGAGCCUAGAAGAUUUUUUGCCAAAUCUUAAAAGGAUGGAACUCUUGGGUACAAGAUUAAAAUGGAAGGAUAUGGAUAUCGUGGGUACGUUGUCUAAGCUUGAAGCCCUCAUAUUGAAAACAGGUGCUGUUAAUGGUAAAAGAUGGGAACCUAAAGACGGAGGGUUUCAUCGAUUGAAGUUUCUGGAAAUAUUUGAUUGUGAUCUACAACAUUGGGAAGCCACUAGUGAUCAUUUUCCUAUUCUUGAAUGUCUAACCCUUAGGUGUCGGAGUUUAAAAGAGAUCCCUAGUGAUUUUGCAUACAUAACUACUCUCAAAUCAAUCAAGUUAUAUGGAGAUUUAGACCAUCUUAAAUCAUCUGCCAUGCAUAUACAAGAAGAGCAGCAAGAGUAUGGAAAUGAUGCAUUUGUUGCUGAUAAUUUUGGAUACUCGGAGGCUGACAACUCUUGUAUCAUCGCUUAAAAAAUGGGUGUUAAGGUGGAUGUUGUGCUCUGCUUAUACUUUAAUUUGAUAAUGGACCCUAUUUUAUUUGGCGCCGCAAAGGUUGAAGACAACAUAAAGCCCAUUCAAUUUCAUACAAGGAAAUUAAUGGCUGAUACCAUUAAACCCAUAAACAUUAAUAAUAAUGUUUUGGGUGGUGAUGGUAAGUAUGCAAAAAAUGAUGCCAGCAUAUUUGGGGAUUAAUGACCAACAGGAGAGCAUCAAAGCUAUUCAAAUUUCAAGCAACAUGCAGUGGCUAAUAGGGCAACUAGACACCAAAUAUUAGCUAGACUCCCAAGAUCAUUGGGUAUGGUGGUCGUGAAAUUUUAAUAAAGCAGUGUGGUAUCAUUUAAAUCUUGCAUUUUGUACCAAACUUAAUAUUUGUAUGAAUCACUAAUGAAAUUUAAUGCUACCACUGCAUUUUGAUU